GCCUUUUAAACUGAAGAAGCAAAUCACAAAGACUAGAGGACAGUGCUGGUGAAGAUUCUCUUCCAAAUAUCUGGGCAUCAAGAGUGGUAGGUGAAUUACCAGUUCGUUUAAACCUCGUGUUGCCGCCUAUCUGAUUUCUGUCAAUCAUUAGUAGGCAAACACAAGUAUAAAAGAAGACAAUUGUCUUUUGGCGCCUCAUGAAAUAAAAAAAAAGUUUUCUAGAGAAGCUGGAAAACUGUACUUGCAAAUGACAAAGAAGAAACAAAGAGUAUCUGAUAAAAUAAGUUACAAGAUGCUUCCCGUAAUGCUCGAUGUUUAUAACUUUUGCGAAAUUUUGUCAAUAGGAGACUGAAAAAAACCUGACUCCAAAGGAAUUUAUAGGAUUUGAACAUGUAACUUAAUGACACUUGUACAAUACUCAAGCCUACUGAACUUUGACGUUUGAAGCCAUUGUCGUUUACGAAUUCUUUGCCAUCCAUCAAGUGCUUAAGUUAAUUCAUUUAAUCGUAUUUGCCGAUCUUUUUACUAGCGUAAAUAGCAGCAGAAUGGUUGAAAUCGUCACAAUAGGAAACGUUCUCCUCCUGGGUAUACAGCUGUUGUUGUCUUGCAACGUGGUCAGCUCAAAGGAUUAUGAGUAAGUUCCUUUCAGUCUCAUUACCAAAAGCUAGUUGGGCAACAAUUAGAUCAGAUUACGAAGUAGAGAUAUGUUAGAACUGCAUAUAAAGGAAACAACAAAAUUUGUUUAAAUUGAUCCAUUUUAAAGUAUCUUGAGAGUGCAGAAAACAGAUGUAACAGAAGAUUAAUACUUAUUAGCAUAUAAGGGGAUCGUAAGUAGUGUUAUACUGUGGAGAUCGCUUUCAUAUUCACGUCUUAAUCCUUAGCUCACAUAAAUGGUUUCCAAUAUUCACAGUCAUCCAUUCAUCACUUCAAGGGUUUAUGGCAAAUCAACAUAAUGAUCAGUUCCCACUUGGCUUGUUUGCUCAGUUGGUAGAGCACUGCACCGGUUUCGUCGAGGUAAUGGUUCAAUUCCCGUACAGGCCUGAAUUUAUUUCAGGCCUUAUUUUCACUACUGCUUCAGUUUCAUUACUGCGAAGAUCGCUUUUAUAUUCCUUUCUUAAUUAGCGGUUCACAUAUAUGAUCUUUAAAUAUUCACAGACAUGUAAAUCGUUAAGUUGUCUUUGGACAAUUUUAUUCGUUCUCUCUUCCAGAGUAGGGUUUUGAUGGAAUGAUUGUAAUUCCAGGUGCUUUGAGGGAAAUUGUGCCAUGACAGGCUCUUGCCGGUCGCGUUCCGGAGCUAGUUUUAGCCGCUUCUGCUGGAUAGCAUCCAACUCGUGGGGGCAUAAGCUAAAGUGUGGAACUAGAAGUGAUUGCAGAAGCGCUGCUCUUUCUUGGGGAAAUUGUGUCUUCGCCUCAUGUGCUUUUGAUCGCGGUAGUGGAAGAUCCUGUGACCGGACGAACAGGGAGAAACUUGGAGAGCUGAAGAAAGAAUGUGGUAGCGAAGGUUUCAGUUUUGAUUCUUGGGCCAACAGGUACGAGAAAGCUCGUAAACUGUACGACAAGUUUAGCCCCUGCGUCGGUGAUGCCAUUGAGGAUGAAACCAAAAAGGUUAUAAAAUACUGUCACUGCUUCAACUCCUGUGGAAAAGAUCAGACUGAAGAUGGCACCUGCACAGUUCAAGGUUUGGAUAGGAGAUUGGAUAUGGAGUUGGACGUCAAAUCACCCUACACAGCGUAGUAAGUUUUUUAUUUUCUCUUUUUUAUCAUUAGCUUAACAAAACUGCAUUCUCUAAUUUUCCAUCAGUAGCUGUUCCAUCGUUUAGGUGACGUUUUGGGUUCCGUAAGCAUCAUGUAAAUCAUUACAUUAGUCACCAAUCCCUUGGAGGUGGGGCCAUAAACAUUUAGCUUUUGAUCAUUGAACUCCUCUUUCUUCUUUUUCCUAAAAUAAAGAUGCGCCAUAGAUUGUGAACCGGAAGAAAAG